CCUGGUUCAGCCUGGUUCCCCAAAGCGGGCUCAAUUGCCCACCGCCAUUAUGCACAUUACUUAUAUAUAUAUAACACGUCGACUGCAGUCGUGCAGCGCACGCUCAAACAAAAGGUUCCCAGACCAGACCUACUACGUCGUACACGAUGUCAACAGAAUCACCCACCGCGCCUAACGAUUUCUCAACGGAAACCCUCAUCCGCUCCUUCAUGACAAUCAUCCUCUCCGAAAUUGGGGACAAAACCUUCUUCAUCUCUGCCAUUCUCGCCAUGCGCCAUUCUCGCCUCGUCGUCUUCCUGGGCGCUAUUGCUUCCCUUGUGUUUAUGUCUAUGCUGUCAGCGUCGCUGGGUCAUAUACUACCCACGCUUUUACCCAAGAAAUGGACUCAGAUCAUGGCUGGGGUGCUGUUUUUGGUGUUUGGGAGUAAGAUGGUGAUGGAGGCAAGGGAGAUGGGGGGAAAGGGGAGGGAAAAGGUUGAGGAAGAGAUGAGAGAAGCGGAAGAGGAGAUAGAUGGGGACAGAUUUGAUGCGGGGGAUCGUAUUCCGCUUCAACGACUCGAGGAGGGGGAAGCAGUCCCUUCAUUCCCCGAUGCGCGAAAACAGAAAAAAUUGGGUUGGGGUAUCGCGGAAGGCGCGAGGAAUUUUUGCAGUCUUAUCCUUGGGCCUGUUUUCGUGCAGUCCUUUGUGCUUACUUUCCUUGGGGAGUGGGGGGAUAGGAGUCAGAUUGCUACGAUUGUUUUAGGUGCUGCUCAUAAUGUGUAUCUUGUGGCACUAGGGACGGUCCUUGGCCAUGCAUGUUGUACAGCGCUAGCUGUCGUAGGAGGGCGGUAUGUAUCGAGUAAGAUAUCGGUCAAGCAUGUGACCCUAGGAGGCGCAGUUCUUUUCCUCAUAUUCGGCGUCAUCUAUCUCUACGACGCGCUUGCUACUUCUGCAGAAGAAUUCUUGAUACCCACUAACCCUGCAGGGGAGCCGUGAGCCAAUGCAUAUCUAUGUUUGGGCUGUGCCAACGCGCGUACACGUAUCUUACCAGGACUCGUCCUGCCGCUCCUUAUCACGCUCCUUCGCAAGCCCUAUCAUGUCUAUACUUUCCAUUUGGGCGGACAAGUACCAUCAUUGCUGCCCUUCGCUUCCCUCCGUAAAGUUAUGUACACCUUACAUCCUUCCAUGUCUCCUUCCACUCAUAUCCUUCCGUAUAAGAAAUGAACCGAAAGUUAAGUAGAACUUCUUCCCUCUCAAGCAUCGAAAGUGAUUGGACAGUUUGUACUACAUUGGGCCUGGUUGUGGGCGUUAUCUGUUGGCCAGUUCAUGCUUAGCAACCUUCCACCCAAAUUGAUAUCCCUCUCCCCCUUCGCUUGCUUUCGAUGCGGUCAUUUCAUCUGAACGAGGCGAAGAAGAGGUCGAGUUGGGAGACACGGCAUCUUCGACCCGAAUGUGGUUCCCUCAUCCAAGACUGCGAGAAAUCGGAAAAGGC